AUGCCGUCGACGAGGCAGCUGCGCACGCUCGUCGUCGGCGUCAUCAUCGGCGUCGUCUUCGUCCUCUUCUACACGUCCCACCUGCGCCAGCACGAGGUGCGCGACGGCCGCACGCUCCAGGACUUUUACCACAAGACGGUCAGCGGGCUCGACAAGAAGCCCGCCGGCGCCGGCUCCGCGGCCGGCGCCCAGGCCGUCAUCAAGGACAAGGACGGCGACGGCAACAUUGACGCCGACGACGAGAAGCUCGCCCAGGACAUGGCCGACCGCCUCAAGGAGGCCGCCGUCAAGGCCAAGGAGGCCGCCAAUAAGAAGGCGCCCCUGCGGCCCGACGACCCCAGCGAUAUUGUCGGCAUUGGCAACUCGGCCGCCGGCCAGAAGAAGGACGCGGCCGCCGCCGCCGCCAAGGACGUCGAGAAGAAGCAGGCGCCCGCCAAGGAGACGGACGAGGAGCACGCCGUCGAGGUCGAGGUGAAUGCCAUUCUCAAAAAAUCACCAGGCAUGUCCCCUUCCCCUGUCGUUUUUUCUUUGGAUGACGGUCACGCAUGGGCGCCCUUGCUAACCUUGUCAGUCAUCAUCUUUUCGAAAUCCUACUGCCCCUACUCCAAAAAAGCAAAGGCCCUGCUGCUCGAAAAGUACGCCAUUGACCCGGCGCCCUACGUCGUUGAGCUCGACGAACACCCCAUCGGCAAGGCGCUGCAGGAUUUCCUCGCCGCCAAGACGGGCCGCUCGACCGUGCCGAACGUGCUCAUCAACAGCGUCAGCAUUGGCGGCUUUGACGACGUGCACGACCUGGACGAGCAGCAGAAGCUCGUCGCCAAGAUUAUCGACCUCGGACAGAAAAAGGUCACCAUGGUCCAGCGGGCGGCGGGCGCGGCCGGACACAAGUCAUCGUAG